AUGAGUGCGCUUACUCUCAAUUCGUUUUCUCAAAAUUUUCUGGGACAGGCGCCGGGUUGGUAUAAGUCAACAAUAUUUGCGUUUCUGCUUCUGAAUCCGCUGCUGCUCUUCACCGCUGGUCCGUUUGUAACGGGCUGGGUAUUGGUGCUGCAAUUCAUAUUUACGCUUGCCAUGGCGCUGAAGUGCUAUCCCCUGCAACCCGGCGGGUUGCUCGCGAUUGAAGCCGUUGCUCUCGGAAUGACUACACCGGAUACCGUAAGGGAUGAGAUCGUCGCGGCUUUCCCGGUGCUGCUGCUGCUCAUCUUUAUGGUCGCAGGCAUCUACUUCAUGAAAGAACUGCUGCUAUAUGUCUUUACGAAAAUACUUUUAAAAAUACGCUCUAAAACGCUGAUUUCACUGAUGUUUUGUUUUGUUGCAGCAGCGCUUUCGGCUUUUCUGGAUGCACUUACGGUGACCGCCGUGGUGAUCGCUGUGGCUGUGGGGUUUUACUCUGUCUAUCACCGUGUGGCAUCAGGUAAGCAGUUUCGUGAUGAGCAUGAACACGGCGCGGAUGAGUCUAUCGGGGAGCAAUACAGAGACGACUUGGAACAGUUCCGCGGUUUCCUGCGGAAUCUGUUAAUGCAUGCAGCUGUUGGCACCGCGCUUGGCGGUGUGUGUACCACCGUGGGUGAACCUCAGAAUCUAUUGAUUGCCAGUUAUACCGGCUGGGAUUUUGUCGAAUUCUUUAUGCGCAUGGCACCGGUGACCAUGCCUGUAUUGACCAUCGGCUUGCUCACCUGUCUGUUGCUGGAACGUUUAAAGUGGUUUAGCUACGGAGAGAAGUUGCCGGAACGCGUGCGCGAAAUUCUGCUCGAGUUUGACGAACAUGAGGCUGCCCAUCGCACGGGUCGUGAUGUUGCGCGUCUUGUCAUACAGGCACUGUCAGCUAUUUUCCUGGUUUUUGCGCUCGCAUUUCACGUUGCCGAAGUUGGCAUUAUUGGUUUGACCAUUAUUGUUCUACAGACAGCAUUCAACGGCAUUGUUGAAGAGCAUCAGUUGGGCCAUGCGUUCGAAGAAGCCCUGCCUUUCACUGCAUUACUUGUUGUCUUUUUUGCUGUUGUCGGUGUGAUUCACCAACAACACCUGUUCUCGCCUAUCAUCUCCUGGGUGCUGUCGUUACCCGAAACCUCCCAGCCGGGUAUGUUCUAUGUUGCCAACGGUCUGUUGUCUGCUAUCAGUGACAAUGUGUUUGUUGCAACGGUUUAUAUCGGCGAAGUGAAAGCCGCUUUCGACAGCAACACCAUAAGCCGCGAACACUUCGACCUGCUGGCGGUUGCGAUCAAUACCGGUACAAAUAUUCCGAGUGUGGCGACGCCGAAUGGUCAGGCUGCGUUCCUGUUUCUGCUGACAUCGUCGAUUGCACCGUUGAUACGUUUGUCAUACAUGCGCAUGGUAGUCAUGGCACUACCUUAUACGCUGACAAUGGGGCUAACGGGUUGGUUAUGCGUGCAGUAUCUGCUCUGA